AUGGACGCACUGAGUGAGCGCUGCGAGCAGCUUGCCAAGCCUGACAUCGGCAACUUCUCCAUCUCAAUUUUCAUCCUCGUUGGGAUUCUUGUUUCCUACCUCCCGCAGCAUGCAAAAAUCGUACUCCGACGCUCAUCCGAGGGCCUUUCGCCGUGGUUUGUUCUCCUAGGAACAACGUCGGGCACCUGCGCCAUCGCCAACAUUCUCGUACUACCUCGGAGCCGUGAAGACAUUGGCUGCUGCAACGAAAUCGAUGGCUUCGCUUGUGGAGCUGCACUCCUCGGCAUUGCUCAGGUAGGAGUGCAAUGGAGCUGUUUCUUCUUGAUGUUGGUCCCCUAA